AUGCGCGCGGGCGCGCUAGUAGCAUUGGUCGCGCUGGCGGCGCUGCUGAUUCUGUCCGAUAUCACGGGGCUUGGGCCUGCGCGGAUGCUGCGCAAGGCGCCACCCCGCCGCCCAGCCCGCAUGCGGAUGCCGCAAGGCGCGGAAGUGAAACUUGCGCAAAAUUGGGCGGAGCUGGCGCAGGGGGAAUCGGCGCAGCGUCGGGGAUACGCGGACGCAACAGGCUCAGGCGGAAGAGGAUGGGCGUGGGGGAGCGGAACGGGAGGGGUAUGGGGAUGGGCGUGGGGCUGGGGGAAGGGGCGCGUGAAGUGGGGGGGGGAUGGCGCAAGCGGACGCGCGGAAGCGGGGUGGAUAGGCGGACCUGGCGGGGGGGACUGGGAGUGUACAUUCGCGGAAGGGGGGGAGUCGGGGUCGGAAGGGGGAGACGGGGGGGAAUCCGCGGAAGCGGAUAGAGAGAUUAAUGGGUGGACUUUAUCCUCGUUAGAAGCGUUCGCGAAGGAGAAUGGUGACAACGUGACUCUAACGAACGGAGAUCCCAACACGUGGAGUGACGAACGAGCGAGGGAGCUAGAAGCAAAGUAUUAUAACGGGAAGAAGAUCCCUUUUUGGCGAGAAUAUUCGGGAGAAGGGGAUAAGCGGAGCGGGGGAAUGGUUAUAGGGCUGAAUGAGAAAGGGCGACAGAUAUGGGGUUUGGCUCAGCUACGUGUGACUGCAGCGAAUGUGACUAUAAAGUACGAGAGGUUGGGGGGAGGACAAGGAGGAGGAGGAGGGGAAGGGGAAGGAGGAGGGCCAGGGCAGGAGGGAAGGGAGUUGAGGGAGGUUGGGGUGCGAUUUAGAGGCGCCACGUGGCGGCCUGCUGUUGGCCAGUGGCUGAAAGCGUAUGCAAACCCGUUACCAGCUGUGGCAGUGGAAUCGCGCUGGUUUUCAGAGCCAUGCCGCAAUGACUGCAGUGGCAGGGGUGUGUGCAAUCACGAGAGGGGCACGUGUCAGUGCCCUAUUGGUUACAAAGGCCCAGACUGCUCUCUCCUCUCGCCGCUCCUCUGCAACAUGCCUGCGUCCCCCAACGCCCCUCUGGGCGUGUGGGUGGUGUCUUCAUGCCCUCGUGGGGGCCUUUGUGACACCACAACUGCACGUUGUCUCUGUGGCAACGCCACGGCCUAUCCCACUCGACCGCUGUUUGGGCCGUGCGGGUUCAACACAGGGAAAGGAGACUGGUUCCUACACCCCAACAUCUCCAAAGUCCGCCUCACCUCUCCUAGCGCCAUGGGCUGGUGCCAAAUCGACCCUGCCCAAGCAGCUUCCGGGCAGCAAAAACUCGAGGGGGGCUCUCACUCUCUCUGCGCGUGCCCUGCGAGCCUGGGUGGUACGGCAUUGACUGCAGCGUGCCAUCCCAGGCCACAGCAGCAGCUCUGGCACUCACACGUUCCCUUUCUUGCACACAUAUGCCCUCUUUCCCCCUCACCUCCCUCCCCUCUCCCCCCAAUCCUCCAGUGCGAGCCUGGGUGGUACGGCAUUGACUGCAGCCGGCCAUCCCAGACCACAGCAGCAGCUCUGGCACUCACACUCUCAUCAAUAGGCGCCGCUGGUGGCAGUAAAUCGGGGGGAAUCUCCUCUGAUCUUCAUGGGGAAGGUCAUGGUGUGCUGCAGAGAGAACAUGAGGGGCAGUCUGGGCAGGCUGGGCAGGUUGUGCAGGCUGAAAAGGCUCAGCAUGCAUCGUUGCCUCUUCCCGAGUGGUUUGGGGCGUCUGCAGCAGACGGGGAAACGUGGGAGGAGGUGGAGCUCGAGGGGUCCGAGGAGGAGCAGAGGGAGGAGGAAGUGGGAGGAGCAGGAAAACCGGGGUCUAACGCAGUGGUAUCAGCGGCAACAAUGGCGUCUGUUUCCAGUGCCUCCAUGUCUCUCCUAGCCCCUCGACGCCGUCCAUUGAUCUACAUCUACGACCUGCCAGCAGAGCUCUCCUCGCACCCUUUCCAGGGCAGGCACAGCCGGUUCUAUUGCACCCCAUGGCUCUACGGCUUUCAAAACGAGACAGAUUUCAACCACGGCUGGCUGUACGGCCUAGAGGGGGUGCUGUUCGAGGGUCUGCUAGCCAGUGUGCACCGCACCAACGACCCCUGGCUGGCAGACUAUUUUUACGUGCCGCUGCCCGGUGCUUGCAUGACUGCCCGCGCUGAUGACUCGCCCGCCUACUCGAUGCUGGGCAAAUACCUAGUGCGCCGCACCAACCUAGUGGCGGACUUCUAUCUGCAGGCGUACCAUCACAUCCGCUCGCACUAUCCCUUCUGGAACCGCACAGGCGGGCGCGACCACAUUUGGGUGAGUGCUGUAUGGGGUGGGGGGGCAGAAGGAGGCGGCAUAGGAAACUCCAUGCUCUGCUACGCUCACUCCACCACUCUCCCAUCCCUUUCUCCUUUCUCCUUCCCUCCCGUCCCUUGCCUCCCCUCCCCUGUCUCCCCUCCUCCAUAUCCCCACCCCCAUCUCCCCUCCUCCAUCCUCCCUCCCUCAUCUCUCCCCCUCCUCUCCCCUGCAGCCCUUUGCAUGGGACGAGGGGGCACCCACCCCUGCUACGAUCCGCACAAGGAUGUGGUCAUGCCGGCGUUCAAGGGGCCCCGCAUGGACUUCUACCGCCGCCGGCUCUGGAAAAGGCCUCUCUCUGAUCGCCCCCUCCUCUUCUACUUCAACGGUCAGCUUGGGGCUGCCUUUGGUGGUCGCCCAGAGAAAGAUUACAGCAUGGGCAUUCGACAGCGGGUGGCGCACCUGUUUGCGUCCAUAGAGAACGUGAAUGGCAGCAAGGGCGAGUUGUGGGCUCCAGACGUGGUAGUCACGAGCAAGCGCAGCGAGGAUUAUUCCUUCAAUCUCUCCUCGUCGCGUUUCUGCGGGGUGUUCCCAGGGGACGGCUUCAGUGCGCGCAUGGAGGAUGCGAUGCUGCACGGGUGCAUCCCUGUCAUCGUGCAGGAUGGGAUUCAUUUGCCGUUUGAAAACUUCCUCUCGUAUGAGGAUUUCACUGUGCGGAUAGCAGAGGAGGAUAUAUCCAGCAUGAUCAGUAUUCUAAGGUCGCUCCCCACUCCCCGCGUGCAGCACCUAUGGGCAGGAGUCCAGCGCAUGUGGCAGCGGUGGGUGUAUCACGGAGUGAUGCGGCUCGAGGCAAAGCGACAGAGAGAGCAGCACGGGCAUCAUAUGGCCUGGGCAGAGGCACUAGAGGAGUGGAUCGAGGAGGACAGAGGCAGGGAAGAGGACAGGGUGGGUGGGGCUGGGGAGGAAAGAGAGGGUAUGGGAGGAGUAGGAGGAGGGGGAAGAGGAGGAGAAGAAGGGUGGAGGCGUGGCAGGGGUGACAGUGUGGUGGGUGUGCAGGAGGGGAGUUGGGUGGGGAUGGAAGGUGGGGUGGACAGUGUGGGGCCAAGGGGUGGGGUAGGAGGGAGAAUGAGGAAGAGGAGGAGAUCUGAUGAUGCCUUCGACACACUGAUGCAGGUGCGUGCUUGUGUGCAGUGGAGUGACUGUAUGCAGGUGUGUGUCUGUAGGGGUAUGGCUGCUCGCUGA